CCAAAAGUCAAACAAAUGUUAACUAUAGGUCGAGUUAGAGUGAGUGCUGGAGGUGCUGAGGUGGUUGCGGUUGUCAUUGCUGUGGCUAUAGCUGUUAGGGUUGCUCGUCAUCAGUCUCGUUUGGAACGAUCGCGCGAGAGGAGCUUUCCACACGGUGCGCUGCGACACAGAAGCCAGAACCAGAACCAGUCUGCAUUUGGACUACAACUAAUUGGAGUACGGAAUUCCAGCAGAGAAAUGAGUCAAGCUCAAGCUCAAGCUCAGCUUAAUACCGAGCAGCUGCUGUUCGAGGAGAAGCCGCUGCAUGUGCCUCCGCUAGCGGAGCUGAAAAAUGUCAUUCAGGGCGCAUUGGACAAAAAUUUCUCCACGGUCAGCGUCAGCGUAGAGGCUUGUCCCGAUUUGAAGGCCCAAGAGUUUGGUCUGGUAGAGUCAGGAUUGAGCGGUUCGCCAACACUACUGGAGGUUGGCGGUCCACCGUUCCUGUUGCCGUUGGUGCAACGUCAAAAGCUGUACAACAUCAAGGAGAUUACUCGCAAGAUUCUGGGGCCUGGCAAAAUAUUCGCUGUCGGCGCAGGCGCCGGCCCCUAUCCCAUACGUAGCUCCAACUGCGAGGGCAUCUACAAUCUGGCCGUGGAUGCUAAUGAUGUGCUCACGAAUGGCAGCUACACGGCCACUGUGCGGGGUGCGCAAGAGGAGUGCGUGUUGGAACGCAUACCAGACACAGAGCCUCGUUGUGCCUUGCUACUCAACCUGUUUCUCAGUCGCGGUCAGCCCGGGCAGGUGCUGAAGAUCAGCGCGAAGCAGCGCAAGGGCGACCUCAACUUUAUCGAAAGCAUACGCAAGGGCUUGGAGCACCACUAUGGCGAUAAAGUGGUUGGUCUGGGUGGCAUCUUUGUGAUUAAGCGAGGUGCCGCCCACCAGCAUGUGAUGCGCGACUUUAGCAAGACGCCCAUUCAUACGGAUGAGGAGGUCAAUCAAUGGCUAAAGUUCUAUGAGAUGCCAGCCCAGCUUAAUGCCGUCGGCACCCUGAUCACCAAGGAGCAUGACUUGGAUCUGCGGCUACAACACUUCCAUUCUUUCUCGUUCUCCAACUGGGGCGGUCACUACCACUACGACACCACCCCCGACAUUGUGGAGUACGAAGCCUAUCUGAAUGUGGCGGAGCGGGUGGUGCGUGUGGACAAGCCGCUGGACACACACAAAGUGGGCAGAGAUUAAAUAAAUUCCAUUAUAAACAGUAAUUAAAUAACACAGUUUACAGAAAAAAAGUGCAAAA